AUGCGCUCGAAACAUUCCAGGCUGGACUUUGUGCAGGCAUAUGUCCAGCAGUUAGAAGAAAGCCGGUUAAAGCUGUCGCAACUGGAGCAGGAGCUCCAGAGGGCUAGGCAGCAGGGAUUAUACGUACGUAGCUCAUCAGACACGAGCUUUCUCGGACCAUCUGGCACUAUGAACACAGGGAUUGCUGCUUUUGAGAUGGAACAUGCCCACUGGUUAGAAGAACAGAACAGGCGAGUUAGUGAGAUUAGAACCGCACUUCAAGCUCAUAUAAGCGACAUAGAGCUCCGUAUGUUGGUGGAUAGCUGCCUGAACCAUUACGGAAAUCUCUUCCGAAUGAAAGCUGAUGCUGCAAAAGCCGAUGUCUUUUACUUGAUAUCGGGUAUGUGGAGAACGUCAACGGAACGCUUCUUUCAGUGGAUUGGCAAAUCUGGACAACUGUGUAUCCUCA